AUGUCGGAGGAGGGGGAACGGAGGAAAACGGAAGAGGCGCAAGACGAGGUUGGAAGGAAGAAAAGAGAGGAGGAGAAGAAGAAGCAGAAGAGAAGAGAAUCCGUGGAUAAGGUGGAGACGUGUUCCUCGCCCCAUAGCCGAACUGGCGGGAAUUCCUUCGCCAUGGAAUCCCCCACAUCCUUCCCUGUCCCUGGCUCAUCCAACCGAUCGCCGGUUAUCGCCAGCAACAAUUCUCAACCAGUGCAACCGAAUCGAAGCCGCCUCUAUAUCCUCUGCUGUUCCGUUUGCAUCUGGGUUCCAUUGGAGGAGAUCCGCAGCUGGGGAGAGUCAUUUGAUCGCCUCAUGAAGCAUCAAGCCGGAAGAAGGGUGUUCUCGGAAUUUUUGAGGCACGAAUACAGCGAAGAGAACAUGCUUUUCUGGGUAGCCUGCGAGGAGCUCAAGAAUGAAACCGAUGUGGUUCGGGUGUCAGAGAAAGUCCGAGUCAUUUACGAAGACUACGUGUCCAUCUUAUCGCCAAAAGAGGUGAGUCUUGAUGCCCGUGUGAGAGAGCUGAUCAACCAGCGGAUCACAAAACCUUCCCCAGAUAUCUUCAAAGAGGCUCAGGCGCAGAUAUAUAUUCUGAUGCAGAGGGACUCCUAUCCACGGUUUGUCGUGUCUCCGAUUUUCUACAAAGUUGCAAACUUCAAGAACAAAAAGAAGAAAGUGAAACGACAAGGAAGCAAAACGGCGUGAGAUCACAAGUGAAUCUUCCUCAUACCAUGGGACCAGAUGGACUUCACUGGUGACAAGGACUAGAGUUUUAAAUUUGUCUUAGAGUGAUCACUUGUGAUACUGCCUUCUAUCAGUUUCUCUCUCUGUCUCCGUCUAUAAUCCGCACUCCAAGACCAUGGAUGUACUCAUGGAGAUCGUUUAUAGUCACGCCUAGUCAAGCAUCCUAGUCAGAAGAGAGCACAGGGCUAUUGCUCAGUGUUCUCUCAUUCUCUCUUCUCCUCCAACAAUGCAUCUUGUGAUAUUUUUCUUCUGAACACCUCCGCUGACAUCGGAUAAGCUGCCAUUCUUGGAGUCUCCUCCCCUUCUUCUUUUCCUUAUAGCUUGCCAGUGCACAAAAAAGGAAAUAUAUAGUUGCGUCAGAUUUGCAGAUGACUAUGCUCAGGAGAAAUGUGUUUUGCAUGCAUGAAGAGUCUAACAUGGAGUCAGCCCUUAUAGCACUAAAUCUGUUUCACAGCAAUCCAUUGAGAGUUGUUCUCAGCUUAGAAAGAGCGUCUCAUGUGGCUUUCAAAUAGAUUCUCAACCAGGAGCAAUUGUUGAGUAACACGAUUUCAUUUUUAACGCAACAUAUCUGUUCAUCCAGACUGACAAUCUGUAGCAUGCUGGGAUGCCCAUUCACUGGAAUGCAUGUCUUUACUCUGUACCUGGGGUCAAUGUGUGAGUGAAAAUGGUUGUGCUGUUCCAAUGAUUGAACAAGAUUUAAUAGCAUGGUGAGGGAAUUGCUCUUUUGAGGUUGAAAAACUCAAUUGUCCAGGCUGUGGACCUUCAUCUCUGAACAACACAGGCCAGGCCUCCUAGAAAUACGCUUGAGAUGAAGUUUUUUUUUUUUUGGUCAUUGAAAAAAUGGAAGAAUGAUUGCGACCACGGUCUUCCGAAAGUUGAGGUCUGGCAACUCGGGCCCAAAAUGUAUCUAGGAACAGAUCAGCCCAUCCUCUGAUGGGCGUAAUCCAUUCCGCUUGGUCGAAGUCGUGCUCGAAAAAAAGUCGCAGAGAUUUUUGACAUCACUGUUUUUUCAUAAGUGGGGCUGGUGUCAGGUAUUCUCAGUUUUUCUCCCAUGAGGCACAUGGGAAUCAGUAUGAAUGUCACCAACUGAAUGUGUAGAGCAUAGCUUCCACUAACCGUGUAUGUUUCUACAGAUGAUCUUAAUAAACAAGCACGCUCUUCUCCCUUCAUAGCUGUACAUAAGUUGAAGUUACUCUUCGUCAACAUUUAACCAUCUCCACGAUGACAAAAAGGCGUACGAGUAUAUAUAGGAUAGCAUCGAAGUCAGAAGCGUAUCGAGUGCGAAGCAAACCAUGGAAACAGCUAGAUUCAGAGAAAAGGUUCAACGUCAUACGAAGCGGAGAAUGAGUGUAAGUUUAGGUUUUCAUAUAGUCUGCCGUCAGCUGCUAGAUACCUGGUGCGUGUCACCCAUUAUCUGAAACUGAAACCUAUGCUUUUAACUGCAUGGGACUCGAGACUAAAAAAUGAAUGUUAAUAACAUAAGCAGCAAAUCGAUCAUAUCUUUAUUGCUUAGAGCCUCUGCAGUUAGGAUUUAACGGGAGAAGCAAGACAAAAUGAGUGAGGAAGUAAGAAGAAAGCAGUUAAAUAAGAGAAUACCCAAUGUCUCCAGAAGUUAAUUUUGUCCAUAAUUUAGCUAGAAACUCAUUCUCCUUUUUAAAUAAAUUAGAAAUGGGGUGGGGAGGAGGUAUAAGCAGCCUACACCCAAAUUCAGUUAGGUCAGAAAUAAAGGAAUAAUCGAACUUUCUCUGAAGCAUUUGACAGCACUGAGUCAGCAGAACGAGAUUAAAGUUACACCAAUGAGCGUUAUAGUCACUAGUCAGUCUCUCCAAGAGAGAAUGGGAAUUGCCAGACCUCUACUUCAUGGACCUUGAUUGUGACAUUGUUCUUCAUGAAGCCACCUUUGAAGGCUUCUGCUCAGCUCACACAUGAAGUUUUCUUAGCAACAGUGACAUAGAUGUACAACGUAGCAACUAUGUCACUGUUUAUGCAUUAGAGUUGCACAAUGUAGUCCAAACUUGCUGUCAGGAUUGAUUUUGGUGCAAUAUUGUCCUCAUGGCUUCUCACAUGCCAGCAAUAUGAUUCUAUGAACUGGCUAGUAUGUGCCUACGUUCUUGUAGUUAGCACUUGACAUUCCAUUCCUCUCUUCUAUUCCAUAUUUAAAAAAUCUGAGCAAUUUUCUGUC